AUGCCGACAACCAGUCUCAGUCUCCUCACCCUCAACCACGAUGUCCUCGUGGCCAUCAUGGCCCAGCUUGAAGCAAACUCUCUAUACAAAUUCCUGGUCGCCAUACCUCCAUUUCAGCAUAUUUUCUUCAACUCCUUCACAGCAAUUCUCAAGAGUAUCCUGACCACCCAUCUCUGGUCAGUGAAUCAUUGGGGAUAUGUUAUCGCCAUCAUGGUUGCACAUUACUACCCAAGGCCCUUCAAUAUGCGAUACUUCCUAGACCACUUCCUCAAAAACAACGGAUCCCUUCCCCAGCACGUUCCCCGUACAAUGGAGAUGCUGAAAUACUUGCUCGAAGUUCUGGACAGUGUGGGAUUCUACCGCUCCGGUUCAAAGAAAUGGUGGCAGUUGGCCUUGCGAGAUUCACGCCGGGAUUAUGCUCCAGCAAAUAACUACUACAUCCUGCUGGCUCUACUCCGCAUCCAACUUUUUGCAGAGCUCUUCCACUCACCGGUCGAUUCUUCGGGCCUCGUCACCGACAAGUCCACCUUCCCCAGCCAGUCCAGAAUAAUGGAGUACUGGAGCCUCAUAGCAGACGACGCUGGCUCCCACAUGUGCAAGGCCAUCUACGCAAACAUUGCGAGUAUUGAAGGUGACAUAGGGUGUUUAUGGCCUUUUGAUGCGCCUUGUAUGCGCGGACUCCCCGUGGCGCGGCACUUUCACGUUCAUGAACAGUAUGGCCGGUUUUGGCAUGAGUAUCGCAGAUACAUGGUGCCGCCGCCGCAAAAUCCUGUUGAUGAUCGAGGUGUUCAUCAGGUGAUGGAAGGGACGGUGUAUGUAGACCCUUGGGGUCGUUCGCGGAUUGCCUAUACGCGACAGGCCUUUUAG